UUGGGCACUAGAAUAUUUAAUGAUAUGGUGGCGUUGUUUUGUUGUUAAGUUGUAAGAUACUAUCUUGAACAAUAUGAUUGUAAUGUUUUGUUGUAUUAUUAAGCCCUCUCUUUCAGUCUAAAGCAGUAGUGGUACCGGAGGGAUCAAGUAAUAAUCUAAUAGUAUUUUUAAUUUUUGUUGUAGAUAGCCUUCAAUUACGAGAGAUUAAAUUGGAUAAGGUGCGAGCAUGGAAACCAUUUUUUAAACUUGGGCAGCAAAGGGUAUUAGCUCCCCGUUUGCUUUUGGACAGAAGAUCAAGAGAUCAGAUGAUGAGUUUCAGUCGUCAUAAUGGCCUGGAAAUGGAAAAAGUGGGGUAUGAAAUAUAUGCAGAGGGUCCAACAAGAGUUCUGCGAAUUUGUGAGAUCCAUAAUAGUUUCAAGAUGGAUACAGUUAUUAAUUUGUGUGCAAAAGUUCAAUUGAGAGUUUCUCAGUUUGCAAUUCACCUACUUGAACAUGUAAAACAGGAGGAAGACAACAAUGAGUGCAAAGAUUUUACUCCAAUUGUAAUUGCAAAGCUUGGGAAUCUGCACGUGAUUACUGUUUCUAAUAAUAAUCAAACAUAUAACCAAUUCAGUUUACAGUACAUGAAUUUGGAGCUUAAGUGGAAUGGAGCUCCUUUUGCAUCAAUGCUUCGCAGACAUCAACUAGAUUACAGUGACUCCAAUGAUAGUGUACUAAAAAUUGUUUUUGUUGUACUUACGUCAUACUCCAACGUUAAGCAAUUUAGAUAUUCAUCAAUUUUUCUUCAGCCGAUUGAUUUGAAUCUUGAUGAGGAGACAUUGAUGAAAGUUGCAUCAUUUUGGAGAACUUCUCUUAGUGACUCUGAGAGUCAGCGAUUUUACUUUGACCAUUUUGAAAUCCAUCCAAUAAAGAUCAUUGCAAGCUUUAUCCCUGGGGAAUCACGUUCAAGUUACAACUCAACGCAGGAGGCUUUGAGAUCCUUAAUUCAUAGUGUGAUAAAGGUACCUCCCAUAAAAAACAUGGUAGUAGAAUUGAAUGGCGUCCUGAUUACCCAUGCUCUGAUAACAAUACGUGAAUUAUUUAUUAAAUGUGCACAACAUUAUUCAUGGUAUGCAAUGAGGGCCAUAUAUAUUGCUAAAGGAAGCACUUUGCUUCCCCCAGAUUUUGUUUCUAUUUUCGAUGACUUGGCUUCAUCAUCCCUUGAUGUAUUCUUUGAUCCAUCUCGUGGAUUGGCAAAUCUUCCAGGACUCACCUUAGGUACUUUUAAAAUUAUAAGUAAAUGUAUCAAAGGUAAAGGUUUUUCAGGGACAAAACGGUACUUUGGUGAUUUAGGGAAAACUCAGUUGAGAUCAGCAGGCUCCAAUAUUGCUUUUGCAGCUGUAGCUGAAAUAUCAGACUCUGUUCUGAAAGGUGCAGAGGCAAAUGGUUUCAAUGGAUUGAUGAGUGGCUUCCACCAAGGAAUUCUAAAAUUGGCUAUGGAACCAUCAGUUCUGGGAACUGCUUUGAUGGAAGGUGGCCCCGAUAGAAAAAUACUGCUUGAUCGAAGUCCAGGAGUUGACGAGGUGUUAAAUAUUUUGAAUAUUAUUCUCUUGGGUUGUAUGUUCAUUUCCAGAAAUGUGUCUUUCUUAAUUCCUUUGUUUUGAAACAAAAUUGUUUCGAACUUUAGAAAGAAUGUAUGCAUAUUGUUGGAAAGUCACCUGAGUUACGCUGACUCCAAACUUACUUUAAUACGGGAGUGAUUUCAUCCUGUCUUGACUGAAGUUAUGACUUACAUAGAACUUAAAGCAUGACAAUGCUCAACUUAGAUCUUAAGUUUAAAUUUUAAGAUGGUAUUAAAACCCAUCUUAAAUCAAUUGUUGAGCCACUUGCACUGCAUUUUCCUUGCUCCAAGCCAGUCACCAUAGGCAUGAGGAGCAGAGUUGGAAAGUCAUUUUUAUUGCCGUCACCCCUAGUUUGCCUUAAUCCCCGUCUCUAGGGUGAUGGUUUGGUCCCAGAUAGAGAUAUUAUUUGAUUGACUAAACCCUAAGUUCAAAUUCUGAGACAUAUCAAAUAUCUGGCAAGUAAACAUAGAAAUUUGUUUGGAUUUUUUCUAUAAUAGGUACUAACUUAUUUAUAGGAGUGUAUAGCUUCUUUUUGAAGU